AUGAAAGUCCAGGUUUUUGGAAUCCUUUGCCUUUCCUUGGUGCUUUUCCAUAUUCUGUUACUGAUAGAAGCAAGAUGCCCUUCUAGGAAACCGAUCGAGUCAAAUUAUUGUGAUGAAAAAAAAGUUCCCCAAAAUAUCAAUAUCGAUUUCUCAUCAGCAAAAUCAAUUGGAAAUUGCGGAAAAGAGCCCCCAAAGAAAAAACGCAAAGAACCUUGUUUUAAUCCCGACAACCCUGGAGGCGUAGAUGUUGGCAGGAUUGCUUGUCUAACACUUGACAAAAAGACGGGAAAUUUGAUAAAUCGCGAAACUGGUGACACAUAUGCUUUAGACCUAAAAAAACCCGGUGAUUCUACGCCCCAGAAAUUUUGUAAUCCAUUUGAAGAACCAAAGAAUGAAUUUUUAAGCAAUUUGGUCCCCAAGAUUGACCCAAAAGCCGGUCCAGAAGGUUUGAAAAAAGAAUUGUGCGACGGAAAUUGUGCUUCUGAAAGCGAUGAUCCUGAAUCUGUUAUAUUUGAAUCCAAUGGUGAGAAGUAUGUUGUUCCUGGUAGUGCAGUUGUCCAAAGCGAAAAUCUUGAAAAGGUGCUCAAAAUUGUCGGAUGCAAAAAUAGAGAGCCCCCAAGGCACAGCUCUAACUGCCCUUUUUAUGAUAGUGAGACAAACGGCAAGUCAAAAGAUGACCAAACCGGACAGCCCAACCAAACCAUGCAGCCCGGCGAAUCUGGCUUGACGAAAAUCCCAGAAACUCAGAAAUCAUCGAGUGGAUUGAGUCCAGAAACGUUAAAUUGUCCUCCUAACUCCCUGAGUCGGGUACCUGUGGGGGCAACUAUGAAUGGUGUACCUGUGGGGCCACCUAUGAAUGGUGUACCUGUGGGGCCGUGUGCGAAUCCGCAAAAUACGGGGCCAUAUGCGAAUCCGCAAAAUACGGGGUCGUGUGCGAAUCAGCAAAAAGGGUGA